CCCCUGAUCGAAGAUAGCUGAUCGGCACGGACUAAGUGUGUCACGGUCUGUACAACGGUGUUUACUGUAGGAAUAACAAAUAACAAAUGGAGUUUAUCGUUUUGUUUCAUGGAUUAUGCAAAUAAAAGGAGUUUGACUACCACUUAGAGUAUUUUCAACAAGUGUACACGUACAUCUUCGGUCCUUUACAGAUAUUACGAGUAGACCCAGGCUGUACGAGUGCUGUGAUGGAUGCCUUGGUUAACAGUUUCAAAGAUGCAGAAACCUCUCCUGUUAAAAAACUCAAUGAUGCAGUUGCUUUUAUACUUCCUCCUGACAAAAUAGUUCCUCUAGAAACUCCAGAUGGAUUCAGAAUCUCCAAAUUGAAGCAAUCUCAGGUAGAAAAUGUUCGGAACUCCUGGCAAUAUAAAGAAAUAUAUGACCGAUAUGCAGACUUGAGGUGCUGGAUAAGGUACCAUAUUUCCAAUUUCACAACUGUGUGUAUCGAGACCGAAGAUGGACGUCCUGUUGCCUGGGAGCUUCAACAAGAAUAUGGCGGGAUUGGGAUGUUGUACGUGGAACCUGAGUACAGAAGAGCCAAUCUAGGAAGCGUUGUCACGGGGACGCUUGCUGGAAAACUCGUUAAAGACGAUCAAUUAGUGUUUGCUUUUGUCGGAGAGAACAACGAGACAUCAAUUAAUUUCUACAAGAAAAAUGGUUACGUACUUAUGCCAUUCAAACCUUCAUUUGCAUUCUACAAUUUGUAGCACCGAAAAGCACAUUUUACAUAGAGAAUGUCUACAGAGGACAUAUAUUGAGACCUUAAUAUAGCGAGUAAAGAGAAUUUUAGUCCUAUAUGUAUGUAAUAUAAAAGGGUUGAAUAUAUAUAUACAUGUAUAUAUAGAAGUGAAAUUAAUUAAAUGUGGAUCAUG